CACGGGGCAGGAGGCUCCGCCUUUAUUUAUACAGACACGUAACUUUGUGCUGCACAAAAUAGUUCCCGGGUUUGAGUGAAUGAGAAUAGUAAUAACCCCCCCCCCACACACACACACACACACACAAAAACCUCUGCGGGCGGCCGUGUCGCGCACUCAAGAACGCACACAGCUUGUAACGGAAAUGAAUACAAUAGAAAUUAAUUAGAAUGCAGUAAAUUUGUCGUAUUUCCUCGCGCAGCGCAAGAGGUGAGAGGUGUAGGCAGGGAAUAAAGGAGAACACUAAUAAAAGGUUUCCCCCCAGAAACCCUUAUCACCAAAGAUGAUGUGUUUAAUGUGUUUAUUAUAAUUCCAAUCACGCACCAAAUGCAGAACUUUAAAAAAAAAAUGUUAAAAAAAACUUGUGGUGUUGCCGUUAUUGUCACACCCCUAGUGAUGAUGUGCCCACACUUAGGAUUUACAUGUAAAGUUUUAUGACAUGCUUAACAUACUUUCAGAAUUCUCUUUCAAUGAUGUUAAUGAGUCUAUGUAAUAGAUAUGUUUGAUUCAUUUUCUAAAAGAAAAGUGUCUUUGUCUGGGAGAUUUUUGCCUACAGACGAUCACCAGCGACUUGUAUGUGAGGAAGAUGAGGAUGAAUGGCAGCUUUUUAAACAGGGGAGAAACGCCAGUUUGGGCCAAGCAGAACCAGAACCUUCACAGAUCAAAGAAGAACCAGAAAUAAUGUGCAGUAAGCAGAAGAGAGAGCGUCUGGUCUUCAAUCAGGAGACUGGUGUGAAGCAUUAUCUGAGGAAGAUCAUCAAGAUUCCUGUAGUGAAGCUGCACAGACUGGAUGUUCGACAGCAACGUGUCUGUGAGGAAGAUGAGGAUGAAAAGCAGCUCCAUAAGCAGGAGAGUCACUCCAGACUGGACCAAGCAGAACCAGAACCUCCACAUAUCAUAGAGGAACCUGAGAAAAGAGAAAAGAAGUGCAGUGAUCAAAAGGGAGAGCAGCUGGUCCACAAUCAAAAUGAUCCUUAUGUGAAGGUGCAGUUCAAGUCUAAAUUAGAAGAAACAUGCACAGUGUGUAAACAUUUAAAGUUGGAGUUAAAGGAACUGUUGCAUCAACGCCACCAUCUAAAAAACUUCAACAGGAUUCCUGUAGUAAAGCUGCAAAGAAUAGAUGUUCAACAGCAACAUCUCUGUGAGGAAGAUGAGGAUGAAAAGCAGCUCCAUAAGCAGGAGAGUCACUCCAGACUGGACCAAGCAGAACCAGAACCUCCACAUAUCAAAGAGGAACCUGAGGAAAGAGAAAAGAUGUGCAUUGAUCAUAAGGGAGAGCAGCUGGUCCACAAUCAAAAUGAUCCUUAUGUGAAGGUGCAGUUCAAGUCUCAAUUAAAAGAAACGUGCACAGUGUGUAAACAUUUAAAGUUGGAGUUAAAGGAACUGUGCAUUAAUCAAGAGGAAGAGUCCCUUUUCCUGAAUUUCGAGACUGACGUGAAGGUUGAUUUAAAGAUGGAGUUGAAGGAACUGUUGGAUAAACACCAUCAUCUGAGAAUCUUCACCAGGAUUCCUGUAGUAAAGCUGCAAAGAAUAGAUGUUCAACAGCAACAUCUCUGUGAGAAGGAUGAGGAUGAAGGGCAGCUCCAUAAGCAGGAGUGUCACUCCAGACUGGACCAAGCAGAACCAGAACCUCCACAUAUCAAAGAGGAACCUGAGGAAAGAGAAAAUAUGUGCAUUGAUCAUAAGGGAGAGCAGCUGGUCCACAAUCAAAAUGAUCCUUAUGUGAAGGUGCAGUUCAAGUCUAAAUUAGAAGAAACAUGCACUGUGUGUAAACAUUUAAAGUUGGAGUUAAAGGAACUGUGCAUUAAUCAAGAGGAAGAGUCCCUUUUCCUGAAUCACGAGACUGACGUGAAGGUUGAUUUAAAGUUGGAGAUGAAGGAACUGUUGGAUAAACACCAUCAUUUGAGAAUGUUCACCAGGAUUCCUGUUGUAAAGCUGCAAAGAAAAGAUGUUCGAAAGCAACAUGUUUGUGAAGAAAGAAACCAGGAGAGAAACUCCAGUCUGGACCAAACAGAACCAGAACCUCCAAAGAUCACAGAGGAACCAAAGGAAAAGAGUUUUAAUCAGGAGGGAGAGCAGCUGCUCCUGAAUCAGGAGGCUGAUGUGAAUGUGGAGAUGAAGUCUGAUUUGUUGGAUCAUCAACAACACCUGAGGGACAUCACUAGGCUUCCUGUAAUGACGCUGCAACGAAAAGGAGCUUUGGACGAUUGGCUUCUCUGUAACCAGGAGGGAAACUCCAGAGUGGACCAAAAAGAACCAGAACCUCCACAGAUCAGAGAGGAGCCAGUGGAGCUGUACAGCAACCAGGAGGGAGAGCAGCUGAAUCUGGAGACUGUUGUCAACGUGGAGUUCAAAUCUGAAUGGGAAAAAACAUUUCUAGGUGGUGAAAUCAAGGCACUGUUGGAUCAGCAGUACUCUCCGGGGAUCAGGACUCCUGAAACUAAGUCUAACAAAUUAGAUUUUCAACAGCUACAUGUCUGUGAGGAGGAUGAGGAUGAAUGGCAAAAGAUACACUCCAGUCUGGAUUGGGCGGAGGAAGCUGAUGUAACUAUGGAGAACCAAUCUGAGUGUGAAGAAACAUUUGAAGAUGUUCCACAGCAACAUGUCUGUGAGGACGAUGAGAAAUGGCAGGAGAGACACUCCAGUCUGGACCAAGCAGAACCAGAACCUCUACAGAUCAAAGAGCAACCAGAGGAACUCUGCAAAAAUCAGGAGGGAGAACAACUGUUCCUGAAUCAGGGGACUAAUGUGACUCUGGAGAACACAUCUGAAUGUGAGGUUACAUUUGAACAUUGUGAAAUCAAGGAACUGUUUGAUCAUCAGUACUUCCUGAGGGUCAGGAUUCCUGAAAAAAAGUCACACAAACUAGAUGUUGAACAGCAACAAGUCUUUGAAGAAGAUGAGGAGGAAUGUCAGCCCCAUAAGCAAAAGAGACACUCCAGUCUGGACCAAGCAGAACCAGAGAAACUGUGUAGUAAUCAAGAGGGAAAGAAGCUGCUGCUGAAUGAAAAGGAGGCUGAAGUGAUAUCUGAAUAUCAAGAAAUAUUUGAACAUUGUGAAAUCAAGGAACUGUUAGAUCAUCAGUACUGCCUGAGGGUCAGGAUUCCUGAAACAAUUUCAAACAAAACAGAUGUUCGAAAGCAACAUGUUUGUGAAGAAAGAAACCAGGAGAGAAACUCCAGUCUGGACCAAACAGAACCAGAACCUCCAAAGAUCACAGAGGAACCAAAGGAAAAGAGUUUUAAUCAGGAGGGAAAGCAGCUGCUCCUGAAUCAGGAGGCUGAUGUGAAUGUGGAGAUGAAGUCUGAUUUGUUGGAUCAUCAGCAACACCUGAGGGACAUCACUAGGCUUCCUGUAAUGACGCUGCAACGAAAAGACCUCUCAGAGAAACACAUUUGUAAGGAGAAUGAAGCUAAAAAGCUUCUCUGGAAGGAGGAGAGGAGCUCCAGUCUGGUUGAAGAGGAACCAGAGCUUCCACAGAUCAAAGAGGAGGAGGUCUGCAUCAAAGGAGAACAGCUUGAACUGAAGCAGAAAAAUGAUUCUUUCAUGGUCACUGAGGAUGACCAGGAAAAGAUGGAAUUCAAACCAAAACCAAGAGAGAACCCUGUUCUGGAGGCAAACACUAAGAUCAGAAUUAGUGAUGCUGUGACUGUCCAGAUGGACUCUCCUUCACAGGAGAACUCACAUUCCUGUGACGCACUUGGAAAAGAUUUUACUCAAAAGGGUCAUUUGAAAACCCAUACAAGCAUACACAUAACUGAUAUGCCAUAUUCUUGUAAAGUGUGUCAAAAAUGUUACACUCAAAGUAGUGAAUUGAAAGUUCACAUGAGAACUCACACAGGUGAAAGGCCUUUUACUUGUAAAAUAUGUGAAAGAGGCUUUGUUACUAAUGGUAGCUUAAAAUUGCAUCUAACAACUCACACAGGGUAAAGGCCUUUUAAUUGUGAAGUAUGUGGAAAAAGUUUUUCUUGUAGUUCUGCCUUAAAUAGUCACUUCAUAAUCCAUACCGGUGAAAAGCUUUUUACUUGUGAAGUAUGUCAAAAAGGUUUUACGCCAAAUCAAUACUUUAAAGUCCACAUUAGAAAACGCAUAUGUUAGAAGCAUUUGUCUUAUAACACUAUUAUCACUGCUGACAUUAUAAUGGUUUAGUUUAGCACGUGAGCACCCAGACAAGUUAAAAGCAUCCUUCUUAUAAAAGAUGUAGAAUAUAUUAAAAAACAAUUAUCAAUCUAUAUAGACUGUUCCAAAUAAAGCAAAUUCCAAAUAAUACAAAUAUUUUCUAUGCACUACAGGUAUUUUUCUAAAUUGACAAAGUUGAAAGAUGGACUUCUCACGUGGGGAUUUUUAGUAAUAGAUUAGAUUUUUAUUGAAUUGUAUGAGACUUUGCAAUAGAUUUUGACAAAAAUCUGUAAACACAAAGGUAUUUUCUUCUUUUAUAAAAUGUUUAAGAAUGUUUACAAAAGUAAUUUACCGGUACAUAGCAGUAGUAAACUGGUGAUGAGGAUUGAAAAUGUGCCCUAAGUGUGCUUACAUUUCAUUUUGUACAAUUUGUUCAUUCUUUAUUAGUAGAAUCAUAUACACAUCAGUAUGGUCUGUUGUUUAGAAUGUUCUUAUAAUCCCUGCAGAUGUGCCAGUAAACACAAUGUUCCAGUGCAUUGCUUGAAAUGUAUAUUUUUUUGUAUUUUGUUAAUGCUGUUUUGUUUUGUUUUUUCAAAUAAAAGCGAGAUUUACUUAAGCAUGGAUUGAAUUCAAACAGUGACACAGUGUGGUGUUUCUUCUGUUCUGUUUCCUGACUGUCUCUGUGAUUUGCAGGUCGGCUGUCGCUCCUCCUGGAUGGCCCCUCCCUUUCCUGCCUGGUCUUCUCUGUGGAGGAGUGCACAGCUGCCUGCACUUUGCAAUCAUGCUUAUUUAAGUUGAUGCUACUCAGUCCUCAGUGUCGGUGCGUCCCUGUUAAGUCCGUGGUUUUCCGACUCAGCCGACACUGAGGUCUGUUUUGUCCCUUAGCCUUUUUCUGAGCUUAGUUGUUUCCCUUUUUUGCCUUUUGCAGUUUUCCCUCUCUUGAGGAGCUUUUUGUGUUUUUGUGAUCCCACGUUGUGGCGCUUUCUGUUAGCAUUAAAUUGCCUCCUAAGCGCA